AUGACAGUUUCAAGGUGGCUCACUUUAGCUCGCCAAUGUCUUCUUCGUCGAAUCUCUGUACAACGUUUCGGCGACUUGUUGCGGAACCACGAUAGCGACAUCGAUGGCAAGCGAUUAUUUGGAGCCUUUGUUGAGUGUCGCGAAUCUUUUUGCCAGCCGGGGGAUCCUCUUAUCUCACUCUAUAUCGACUACAUUGUAGUCAGUGGCAUCAUUGUCAUUUCUGACGGGCUGCUUAUCCUCACAAAACGAUGGAAUGACACAAAACUUCCAGCAUCACAACAUACUCUUGCAUGCUACAAUGACACCCUGCAAGAUCUGACCAUGGUGAUUGUCUCGCCAAAAUAUCAAGCGAGUGCGUCUGAAGCACGCCUGGCUCUACAGAUCUCAUCAAGAUGGCUCUCUGCUUUAGCACGGCAGGCAUCACGAGGAGAUUCCGAACCGUCAGGACCGGAGCUCAACAGUACCGUCGAAAUCCUCGCCUUUCUCAUGGCGUCUAUUGCCGCAACUGACGCCGGACUCGAGGCUUUGUCACCAGCCGAGAGCCAAAAGCAGACGAUAAAGCAUGGGUCUGUUAACGACUUGCGGACUUCGGUGAAACAAGCAUUUGAGCUCUGCCUACCGCUAUAUUCCAUGCUCUCUUCCCAGCUCAUGGAGCGGAUAAAUACGGUCUUGAAACAUAUCAACCUUCUGGAUGCAGGCUCCUCGCAACCGGGCAAUGCACCAGCCCCAACAUCCGAGAUUCAAGCGCUCCAAUUCCAAGUCACUAUCGCAGAUAGUCAGCUAGUGGCUUCCAGAGCCGGCACAAUGCUGUAUCUCGAAGGCCUCCUCUUCACGGGUUCGACGAUUGACGACGGCGGGACAGUACAUUGGCUUUCUUCGCGCCACCAGAAUGAAUACCAGUCAAUGUUCAGCGACGUUUUUACGUCCUCGUUCUCGAUUUUGAAAACCCAGGCAGCCACGCCGGGAAGAACUUUGUGCAUGCAGCAGUGUCAAAUCUUUAUCCAGAACAAACUUCCGGCGCUUCUAUAUCUGAUAUCGGCUUCUUCAUUCAAUAGCUUUAACACCGAGCAAGCCAUAACCGACGCAUGGCAUCAGGUAGUGCCACUACUCUCGUCACAAGACCUUCUUUUGGUCGGCGCCAGGCUUCUACAUGUCUGUACUCUACACCACCUGAUACCGGCACAGAUCGCUGCGCAGCUCGUUGGAAACGAUGAUCUGCUGAAAGGAUUGAGUAGGGGAUUAUAUGGUAAGGAUGACCUUGUGGCUCAAGUCAAUGCGAAUCAUACCAGAGGACCCAAACUUGUGGAGGAACUAACCCGCAGCGAUGGAAGUGCGGGCUAUAUUAGUCAGGCUGUGGUUGAGAUCAUGCACACAUAUUGCCAGAACAAGGAGACGCAGUAUCUCAAAGAUCUCGCCAAUGCUAUCAUACGCAGGCCUAGCGCCAUCAACUGCAUUGCUCUAUUCGUUCGACCUGCCUUCUUCCUCGGCCCACUCUGUAGCCUUUUAGACGAGUGGCGGUGGGAAGAAAUACACGGGGAGGCACAACCAGUAUACGACGAUUUCGGAGCCAUUUUCCUCCUGAUUUUGGUUAGUAGGGGACGUUUGGGGCUGUCAAACUCAAGCUUGGGUAUUCGCAAGAAGGAUGGGUUCCUAGCUCAAUAUUUGGAGCGUGAGAACGAUGAAGAAAGCUUGGAGAACCUCUCUGAAGAGAGAAAAUCACAUCUAGGGAACUGGAUCAAUGCUCUUUACCUUGCCGAGGGUCUUAGCGACGAACUGUUUACUAAUUGUAGUCCGCACGACUUCUAUCUCCUGAUUCCCACCCUCCUCCGACAAUCGAUGACGGUUCACCAGCAAGGAAAGCUAACUCAUGACUCUUUACAAGCGGGCUUGGAUUAUCUACUUGAGCCUUUCUUGCUGCCUUCCUUGAUAUCCGCCAUGAACUGGGUCGCGGAGGUCUUCCAGAAUGAGCGCAUGGUUGCUGGGAAAGUGUUGGAGGCUCUGAUCAAACCGCCAGGAUCGCCAGAGUCUCGAGACAUUCACCACACUAUAAUGGCACUGUGUGCACCAAAGCUGAAGAUGCACCUCAAGGCCGUCGAAGCACAAGAUAACAAUGUCGACUCAAUCCUCAAGACCCUGGACCAGUGUCCUGACUUUUCCUUCUUUUCAGAGCGAGAACGAGAGACUCCUGGUCCAGGGGUCCUCAACAUACUGCAACAUAGCCUAGUAGCACUCAUUACAGAGACUGCCGCUUUGGAUACUGGGGACGCCGCGCCUUUUGGGGACAUUUUUGCGCUUGUGAGCCGUGCCGUGGAAGUUCGGGGCCCACCCGCGACCCUGCGGGCCAUAGUUGGGGUGCUCGUGCAAUUGAGCGACAAUCAUGCGUUUCUUGACGCCCUUGAUACACUCACCACCACAGUGUGUAUGGCUGGGAAUGGUCUUCGUGACGCCUUGCGCCUACAAUACCACAACCUCGGGAGUCUCUUGAAGAGUGGAGAGACGUUAAUUGCCGAAGGGGUGGUCCGGUUACAUCGACAGGUCGAAACAUACACAAAUCUUCUUGCCGUGCCGGAAAUGAGCUUGGACUCAUUCAACUUCACCCAGCAACUUACAAACAUGGACACAGCGAAUGCCAACCUCGAUGCCGCUACUGCUGUGUCGGGUGGACUGGACAUGCAGACGGAACAGGGACAAGCCGAUGGAAUCGACCAAGUGCUUGAUGAAGUCGCUGCCAUGGGAAACUUGGACUCCAACGACGCGGAUAUGAGCUUUGAUGCUCUUUAUGGCCUCCCAGAGAACGACAUGGAUCUCGGUGACUUGGAUUUGGAUAUGUUCUGA